AUGGACAUGUACACUCACCAUUGCCACCAGGAAACACCAGGUUUCAACAUGUUGCAGAACGCAUCCUCACCCCUCCACUCUCCUUCCACUCCCCUCCACUCUCCUUCCACUCCCCUCCACUCUCCUUCCACUCCCCUCCACUCUCCUUCCACUCCCCUCCACUCUCCUUCCACUCCCCUCCACUCUCCUUCCACUCCCCUCCACUCUCCUUCCACUCCCCUCCACUCUCCUUCCACUCCCCUCCACUCUCCUUCCACUCCCCUCCACUCUCCUUCCACUCCCCUCCACUCUCCUUCCACUCCCCUCCACUCUCAUUCCACUCCCCUCCACUCUCAUUCCACUCCCCUCCACUCUCAUUCCACUCCCCUCCACUCAUUCCACUCCCCUCCACUCAUUCCACUCCCCUCCACUCUCCUUCCACUCCCCUCCACUCUCCUUCCACUCCCCUCCACUCUCCUUCACCCCUCCCCUCUCACUACUCUGCUCCCCACCCAACACUGUACGUGCCUCACUCUUUCCCCCCCAAAAGUACCUAACAACUCUAUGAACCCAUCCCACCCACUCAUACCGCAUACCAUCCACAGCAUCCCAUCCUCCUUGUCGUUCCUUGCAGCAGCAGCACCACUCCUUGCAGCACCACCAACCCCCCUUGCGGCAGCAGCACCCCGCCUUGCAGCAGCACCAUUCCCCCUUGCAGCAGCAGCGCCACUCUUACCAGCAGCACCCCUUGUAGCAACAACACCCGUCGUAGUAGCAGCUCUCCCCUGUAGCAGCAGCACUCCUUGCAGAAGCAGCCACAGCGCACACCACUCCCACCAGCAACAAUCAGCAAUAAUCACCACUCCUAUGCACCAACAGUGCUGA